CUGCAAGAAAGCAACAUCGGGGGCCGCAGCAUGAACUACUUCAAAUUCUGAAAAAGAAAACGAGUGACCUGAGGCAACGAGAGGUGGAGGCCUCUUCGCAAAAACUAAAAAGGAAGAAAGAAGAUUUUGGUGACCCCCGUGUUCUUCAUCUCCGUGAGAAGGUGCAGCGACUUGAAGACGUAAUAGAAAAACAAGAGCGAAAGAUAGAAGUAGUUCUAGCCAAGAACAAAACCCUCGAGCAGGAGGCAAAGGACCUCAGGCAGCUAAAUAUGAGGCUGCAAGAGAAAAUGCUGAUGAUGCUCGACAACAAAGGCUACUGUGGAGCUCCACGCCAUAAGAAUUCAUUUGAUGAUUCUGUCGUUGAGGAAACGCAAGCUAAUGAAAGCUUAGAGAGAACUGAACAGUCCACGCCUCCACUGCCACCACCAGCCAGUUGUGCCAGGAAGGAAAACAACAUGGUGGACAUUGGCCGUGGUUUGGCAAUUAAUGCGCAAGCGUGCAGCCACAUCCAAGGCCACCAGAAGGAUUCACUCUUUGUGAAAGAUCUCCUGCUGGGCAUUUGGCCAAAGGACCAAUUAAAAAACCGCUCUUUACAAGGUAAGCGGUGUCCUCGAUACCCAGAUCGGCCUGCAAAGGCGCCGCUGACACCUUCGAAGGUGGAAGUGAUGCGUGACUGUUACAGACAAAGACUACGGCGCCAGGGUGUCCCAGAACAUCUUUUGCCUGCUGCACUGAAGCAGCUGAACCAUUUUGUGGUGGAGAAGCUGGCAGACCUCGAGAGGCUGGCAAAACGGGGAAAGGACAACCAUGACCCUCAAGCAAGCCAUGAGUGAAUGCAGUGCUUCUGUAGUGGAAAUUUAUUUUAAAAUAUUUUCAAUAUUUUCACAAUAGUCAUUGUAAUAGUGAUCCAUGUUCUGUUUUAGCAGUAAUUUUUUAUUUAACACAUAUCUCAUUAAGCAUAUCAUAAGAA